UUUUUUUUUUUGAAACCCCGACGCAUUGUGCGCGACCUUCCGUUCGUUCUGUGGCGAUGCCGUCGAUGAGCACGCAGCACAAAGUUGGCUCCAUCGGGCUCACCUCCAAUGCAGCACCUCCCCCUGCACAGCCAUCAUCACGGUCUGAAAUUCAAGCACAUGUUACAGGCGUCCGACUUGUCAGUGGCAAGAACCCGCAUGUCGUCUUUGUACUGGAGGUGACUUGUGGCAAUCGCGCCUGGACCGCGCUAAGACGUUAUAGUGAUUUCGAUGACCUCUACCAGGAACUGUGCAGCACAUUUCCUGCUCGUUUCAUCGAUGACGUGCGAAUGCCGUCCAAACGCUUGAUUAAGAUGCACAAAUUCGAACCCGCGUUUAUUGCAUCAAGACAGCAAGGCCUGGACCGAUUUGUACAAGACCUCCUGGCCAAUAGUGUUACUUCCAAGUCUAUUGCCGUGCGCAAAUUCUUUUCUGAGGAUUGGAUGGCUGCGCACGGACUGUUGCCGGAACAGGCAAAUCCGUUGGUCGACUAUGAAGCUGCAAAAGCAGCCAAAGAACGCUCGUCUGCGCCACCCCCGAAGGACAGUACUGCAGCCCGCGACGAACUAGAGCGACAGCAAAUGAAACAAGCAUGGUUGAGUCUCCAGCAAGACCAACAGCGCGUUCUGCUCACAGCCGACAACUUUCGUCAGUUGCAGGACGAGGAGCGGCAGCAGCACCAACAAUCGCAUUCAACCCUACAACAGCAACCGCACCAGCAGCCACAAUCACCACCACAGCAGCAACAGCAGCAGCAACAACCGCAACAACAACAGCAACACCACCACCAACAACAACACUCGUCAUUGCAACACCCCCAGCCAUCCACUGCCAACGGGGGCUCGAGUAUGUCUUCCCCUCCGUCGCCUGUGCACCGGUCCAACUCGAACGGCUCCAUCUUCAACACAUCCCGCACGCCCCCCGCCCGACUAACUCCCUUCUACCCUUCUCAACAACCACCACCUAGCCAAAGCAUUUUCAAGUCACUCAUUUCAGGGUGGCUGGGCGAGAGCUCAAAGCGGUCGCUCUUGCCGCCGCGAUGCAGGAUUGUCGGGUCUCGGCCAGUGCACAACCGCGUCGAUGUUUUGCGAUCGGAUUUUGAUUAUGAGCGGGCGUUUGACGGCAACGGCACACCUGCCAAGCCUGACGCCUGGUUUCGCCGCGCCGCAUGGAAGAAGGACAUGCCGUCCAUCCUCGAGGCCAUUUAUCCAUCGCGGCGUCAAGUCAUUCAGCGUCGCCAGUUCCUUCAGGACUACCAACGAACUCGGUUUGGUCGCUCGGCCUCUGCUCCACCCGAACCACUCGAGUCGUUGACUGGAAAUCCUGCCACCCCGCCGCCAUCAUCGCCCCUAUCGCGCUCGUUCGAAGAGAACGAAGGCCUGCGAGUCCGGCACUCGUAUUCUGAGGCGAGCAGUGUUGAAACAAUUAUUUCGCCGGAACAACAGGCAUUGAUAUUGCUCAUGCAGCAGCAAGCGGAGCGAGCUCGUCAGGAAGAGGUGCUUGACGCGGUAUUACACGAGAAGCAGUUGCAUCAGCAGCAGCAGCAGCAACAACAGCAACAGCAACCACACCAUCACGCACAGGAGGCGUCGCCCACACCCACACAAAUUGCAGAUGCAAGCAGUUGAGCUGGAUUUGUGUGUGUGUUUUGUUUUGUUUUGUUGGAUUGAAUUUAGAGAGUUUCCCCGUUUGAAUGUGUUCCAAUUUGGUUUGUGACAUUGCAAAAAAACAAAA